AUGACACCAGAGUCUGUUCCCCCGUGGCGUGUAGGGACGGAGCUGGAAGACGUGAAGAGGCUGCUGAAGGGGAGUCGCUCCAGCAGCAUCAGCCCCCCUCGCUCCCCCACCAGCACCCUCCCUAUUCCCAGGAAGGCCAGUGUAGAGACCAGAACCAUGCCAAACAGCCCCCAUAGCCAGUACGACAGCGCCACCCUGGACUUAGGAAUGCCUUCCUAUGUGUGGUCAGGCCCCACGGCUGGAGGCUAUGGUUACCACAGCAACGCCAUCAACCUGUCCCCCACCUCCACCCUCCAACACUCACCUAUCACACUCACAGCCACAGGGCUUCAGAACAACCUGUCCCUCAGCUCUACAUCCAUGAACUCUGGACUCUCUGCCUCUAGCACUGCCUAUUCUGAGGACUCACUGAAGAAGGAGAAGAAGAAGGUGUCCAGCUUUGUGGAGACAGCUACAGCCAGAACCACAGAAACUAACGCUGGAUCCUUGAUGAAAGUGUCAACGAAAGACAAAGCAACCUAUCCAGAGAUGCGUAAGGACGAGUCUGGAGGAGGUCUGGGCUUCUGGUCCUGCUGCUCCUGGUGGAAGUGGCUGCUGGGCCUCCUGCUGGGUCUUCUGCUCCUCCUGGGGCUCCUCCUGGGACUCAUCACCCUGGCCGAAGAAGUCAGACGUCUUAAAGCUCGUGUGGAUGCCUUGGAACAAGCCUCCAGCUCUUCCUCAGCCCAGUCCAGUCGCCUCUCCUCGUCCUCUGCCAUCAACAUCAUAGACCCUCUGGGGUCUGCGUACAUAGACAAGACCUCCUCUACCUCCUCUACCACACUGCUCCACUCUGAUAAUGGUAUCAAUCUGGGAGUGGCAGCAGAAGCAGGUUUAGGCUCAGCUAAUGGACGAGGCCAAGACUCGGUAGCUCUGCAAAGGACAGUACAGCAGAUUGUCAGGACUGAGCUGCAGUCCGAUACUGUACGAGCAACACUUGCACACUCAAUGAAAGGAGCGAGAGGAGAGCCUGGGACCAAAGGUGACCAAGGUGGUCCAGGAGUCAAAGGUGAUAACGGAUUCCCUGGCCUACCAGGUCCACCAGGUCAGAUGGGUCACAGUGGACUGCAGGGCCCGAGGGGACCUAAAGGAAAUGCAGCUGGUUCCAGUUCGGUUGCCAUCCCCGGACCUCCAGGCAUCCCCGGACCUCCAGGCAUCCCCGGACCUCCAGGCAUCCCCGGACCCACUGGUGUUGCCGGAUCCCCUGGACUCUCAGGUCCUGUUGGCCCUGCUGGUCUUCCUGGGACGCCUGGUAAGACUUAUUUCUCAGAUAUCCAAUGA